GUAUAAAAUCACAAUUUUAGUAAGCCAAGAUCAGACUUGUUGUUCAAACCUAACAUCAUGAAGUUCUUUGCUGUCCUUGUGAUCCUAAGUGCCUUGGUUGCCAUAGAGGCGGCUUCCACAUCCAGCUACACUUCGGCACAUGGCACCGGCACCGGCACCUCAGCUACGACAACCACGGAAGCAGUAACUACUCCAGCUGUACCACCAUGUGGAGGACCCCAAGGACCCUGUGGCUCAGCCCUUUCUAAGCCUCCCUGUGCUGGGGGACCGUGCGGCAAAAAGCUUUAUUUCUUUUAUUAAAAUAAAAGCUAAAUAAAACUCGGCUCAAGCUAAAAAAUA